AUGACUUCAGAUUCCGAUGUGGUUGACUCAAGCGAAGAUGAGGAACAGUUUGAGAGUAUUAUCGCUCAUAGGGAGAGACGUUCAAAUGCAGGUACACGAAUGAGAAGGCUGAUAGAUAUGGAAAAGGCCGGAGAGGCAGAGUUGGAAAUGGAAAUGGAGGAUGAUGAUAAAGAUGUUGAUCUUCUUUUCCAGGAAGAUGAGAAUGAUGAAGAAUUUACUGAGGGCUCUGAAGAGGGGUCCAUAGGAGGUUCCGAAGAAGAAGAAAAUGGUGAGCAGAGGGAAGAAAGUGAAAGAGAAAGUGAACCAGAAGAUAAGGAUCUUGACGAGAAUUUUAGUUCGGAUACGGAGCUCAGUAGUUCAGGAUCUGAAUCCGAUGAAAGUGCCGGAGAAAGAGAAUUGCAGGCAGAAGAGAAACUUAAAAAGAAGCAGAAACGAAAGAGAGCGCUUGAAAUACCUUUGGAACCUUCAAAGAAAAAGCCGAAGGUGAAAAAGAGCAACAUCGCACCGCCAGCAAUUCCUAGGAGAAGAAAAUAUUCAACGAGAAAAUCAACAGUCAAGAAAACAGAGGCAGUUAUGAAAAGAUGGAAAGAGAGUCAGGAAAAGAAAAAGCACAUGAAACCGGUUCACAAAGAAGUUUACGUUCCAAAGACAUUGAAAGAAAGGUUAGAGGAAGCUAAGAUCACUGAAAAGGAGAAUACGCUUUCUCUUAAUCAAUAUUUUGAAAGGGAGGAAGCCAGAAAAAGACGGCAGAAGGAACUUGCUGAAAGUAGGAAGCCUAAAAUCAAGCAGUUCAUUCGCUUUUACAGCAGUGCAGUGUAUGUUACACCAAACGAAGAAGUAGAGAAUAUAGAGAAAGAGCGUUUAAGGCAGGAAAAGAUAGAGGAGGAAAGAAAUAAGAGGAAGAGGUCUGGCAGACGAAAAAGAAGAAAGACGCCAACUGUUGAUUCGGCAGAAAAGAAUAGCAAUAAAGAUACUUCUCAAAAUGUGGUUAAAAUUCCAAGCAAUGGUGAUCAGAAAGAUGCAACUCAGGGUGAAAUCAACUCUGUGAGAAGCAAUGUGAAUCACAAUUCUAAAUUUACAGAAGCAAGCACUGAAAAUUCAAAACAUGAAGGUAACCAAAGUGCUAGUAAUAAUGAUAUUAUCGGUUCUGCCUCCAACUCUUCAAGAAAUGCCAAUAAAGUCGCAGAUACUAAACUUGCACCAUCUGUAGAGCAGGAUAAAGAUAGCAGAAUGGGAACUGAAAACACAGAACAAGUAAAUAAAAGCAUAUUAAAGGAAAAUGUUGUUGAUGCUAAGGAAACUAAGACAGACGAUGAUACCAAAAAGUCAGAUAGGGGAAACAGUGAGCGGACUGAGAUAACGAAUACUGGUACUGGCAUUUCAAGUAGUAAGGAGAAUAUUCAAAGAAAACUUGGCUCGAUACCAGGAAUCAAGUCAGAAGUCACAAUCGAUGAUAAACAGAAAGAUAAUUCGGAUUAUAAACAGAAAACUGCCUUGGAUGACAAGGUGGAAAGUAAAGCAGAAGUUAAUUUGGUUGAUAAGACAGAUGCUAAAUUAGAAAUUAAUCAUGAAGGACAGAAAGAUACUUUGAACACAUCUGGAGACAAUAAGGAGACCCCGAAAUUGAUCUAUGAGGGGCCAUCUCAAUAUGUUGCUGUUAAUUAUGUGUCAUUUGAGAAAUUUUCAAGGAAGUUGACCGAAAAGGAUAUUAAAACGUCUUUAUUCGGAAAGCAAUCGACUUUGCCUGCAGAACGCAGAGAUCCACACUUUACAAAUAUUUGCACGAUACGGCAGGAUAACUCGACAGAUCUUAGCAUCAAGCGCCUCAAGGAAGAUCGAGAAGCAAGCUUAAAGAGUAUAUUAAAGCUUCCACGUUUUGGGGAGAAGUACAAGGUUAUAGAGGAGAAGAAGGAAGAAAAGCAAAAGGAGAAAGUGGAAGCCAACAUCACAACACCUGCUCCUGUUGGGAUUUACUUACCAAAUGGUAAAAAGAAGGAAUGUCCAAUCAGUGGUGAAAGUGCAACAUACUAUGAUCCUGGAAGCGGUGUUCCAUAUAGUUCAGUGGAAUGCUUCAAGAUCUUGCAAAAAGUGGCUGCAGGUGAAUAUUACUGGGGACAAAUUGAUGACGGUGGGGUGAAUUCCCAAUUUAAGGGAGGAAUCGGUUGCUACAUGGGUGAAGUAUCAGGACGUCACGCGAAGGGUGUUCCUAAAGGCUUUUGA